AUGGGGAAGAAGGGGAACAAAAAGGAAAGCAAAGUGAAAGGGGCCGAAAAGACAGCGGCCAAGAUGGAGAAGAAAGUGUCCAAGAGGUCCAAACGAGAGGAGGAAGACUUGGAAGCUCUUAUUGCUGAGUUUCAAAGUCUCGACGCAAAGAAAACUCAGGUGUCAGAGACAGCGUGCCCACCACCAUCACCAAGGCUUAACGCAUCGCUAAAUGCUCACCCAGAGAAGGAUGAACUCAUACUGUUUGGAGGAGAAUAUUUUAAUGGAAGAAAGACCUUUUUGUACAAUGACUUGUGUUUCUACAACAUCAAGAAGAAUACCUGGGUAAAAUCGGACAUCCCCAAUCCUCCCCCUCCACGAUGUGCCCACCAGGCUGUCGUGGUUCCUCAGGGUGGGGGACAGCUCUGGAUAUUUGGGGGAGAGUUUGCGUCGCCAAACGGAGAACAGUUUUACCAUUACAAAGACCUGUGGGUUCUGCAUCUAGCAACAAAUACCUGGGAGAACAUUAAAGCUCCGGGAGGUCCGUCGGGACGCAGUGGUCACAGGAUGGUGCUGAGUAAGAAACAGCUGCUGGUUUUUGGAGGAUUCCACGAAAGCACCAGGGACUUCAUCUACUACAAUGACGUGUACUCGUUCUCCCUGGAGACGUUCGCCUGGUCUCGUCUGUCUGUGUCGGGUUCAGGCCCCUCGCCGCGCUCUGCCUGUCAGAUGACUUCCACACCAGAUGGUUCAGGGGUCAUUAUAUAUGGGGGAUACUCUAAAGUGAGAGUAAAGAAGGAUGUGGAGAAGGGGACCAUCCAUUCAGACAUGUUUAUUCUAAAGCGAGAUACUAAAGAGGCUCAAGAGAAGUGGUGCUGGUCCCGGGUCAGCCCCUCUGGUAACAAGCCCCCCGCUCGCUCCGGCUUCUCCAUGGCAGUGGGGCCUGCUGGGAGGGCAGUGCUCUUUGGAGGGGUCUGCGAUGAGGAAGAAGACGAGACAUUAGAGGGCGACUUCUAUAAUGAUUUGUAUCUGUACGACACAAUGAAAAAUCGCUGGUUCCCAGGAAUUCUCAGGGGUAACAAAACGGAGAAGAAGAAGCGGCGAAGGGGAAAGAAAAGUGGAGCAGAGGGACUUGAAAAGGAGGAGGAUGAGGACACAGCAACUCAAGGCCCCACUGAGGUCAUCAAAGAGAUAGUGACUGAAGAUGGGACUGUGAUGACCAUUAAAGAGGUUCUCCCCGGAGCACAAGAGGAGGAGGAGGAGGAAGAAGAGGAGGAGGAGGAGGAUGAGGAGGAAGAAGAUGCGGCCUCUGCUCCGUUGAUCGAGCCCUGUGCCAGGUCCAGUGCUUUGGCAACAGUGCGUCAGGGCAAGCUCUUCCUGUACGGAGGGAUGUUUGAGGUGGGAGACCGUCAGUUCACCCUCAAUGACAUGUACUCUCUGGAUCUUCACAAGAUGGACCAGUGGGACGUGCUGGUGGAGAUGGACCCCAAGACACAGGAGUGGCUGGAAGAGUCAGAGUCUGAAGAUGAUGAUGAAGAAGAGGAGGUGAAAGGAGCGGCUGCUGCUGAUGAAGAGGAGUCUGAGGAGGACAGUGAGGAAGAUGAAGAGGAGCAUCCCGCAGUGCAGGACGGGGAGACGGUGACGGAUUAUCAGGCCCGAACAGAGCAGUACUGGAUGGCUCUGGCACGAACAAACAUGGGCCCUGAAGCAAAAGACAAGAAGGUGGCCAAAGUAGCCGUUGCCAUGGCUAAAGUCUUCUAUGAAGACCAGUAA